GUGCUCUCGGCUCUGCCACCGUCCACUGCCGUCCACCAUGGCCCUGCUGCACUCCGGCCGCGUCCUCUCCGGGGUGGCUGCUGCCUUUCACCCAGGCCUUGCGGCUGCAUCCUCUGCCAGAGCCAGCUCCUGGUGGACCCAUGUAGAGAUGGGACCCCCAGACCCCAUCCUGGGAGUUACCGAAGCCUUCAAGAGAGACACCAACAGCAAAAAGAUGAACCUGGGAGUUGGUGCCUACCGAGAUGAUAAUGGAAAGCCUUACGUGCUCCCCAGCGUCCGGAAGGCAGAGGCCCAGAUUGCUGCAAAAAAUUUCGACAAAGAAUAUCUGCCCAUUGGGGGACUGGCUGAAUUUUGUAAGGCUUCUGCAGAACUGGCCCUGGGCGAGAACAACGAAGUGUUGAAAAGUGGCCGGUUUGUUACUGUACAGACCAUUUCCGGGACUGGAGCCUUAAGGAUCGGAGCCAGUUUUCUGCAAAGAUUUUUUAAGUUCAGCCGAGAUGUCUUUCUGCCCAAACCAUCAUGGGGAAAUCACACGCCCAUCUUCAGGGAUGCCGGCAUGCAGCUACAAGGUUACCGAUACUAUGACCCCAAGACUUGCGGAUUUGACUUCUCGGGAGCCAUAGAAGACAUAUCAAAAAUCCCAGAGCAGAGUGUUCUCCUCCUGCAUGCCUGUGCUCACAACCCCACAGGCGUGGACCCGCGUCCCGAGCAGUGGAAGGAAAUGGCGUCUGUGGUGAAGAAAAAGAAUCUCUUCGCAUUCUUUGACAUGGCCUACCAGGGCUUUGCCAGUGGUGACGGUGAUAAGGACGCCUGGGCUGUGCGCCACUUCAUUGAGCAGGGCAUUAAUGUCUGCCUCUGCCAAUCGUACGCCAAGAACAUGGGCCUGUAUGGUGAGCGUGUGGGAGCCUUCACUGUGGUUUGCAAAGAUGCCGAUGAAGCCAAAAAGGUGGAGUCCCAGCUGAAGAUCCUGAUCCGACCCAUGUACUCCAACCCGCCUCUCAACGGGGCCCGGAUCGCCGCGACCAUCCUGACCUCUCCAGACUUGCGGAAGCAAUGGUUGCAAGAAGUGAAAGGCAUGGCCGACCGCAUCAUUAGCAUGAGGACCCAGCUGGUCUCCAACCUGAAGAAAGAAGGCUCCUCCCACAACUGGCAGCACAUCACCGACCAGAUUGGCAUGUUUUGUUUCACUGGCCUAAAGCCUGAGCAGGUGGAGCGGCUGACCAAGGAGUUCUCAGUGUACAUGACAAAGGAUGGCCGAAUCUCCGUGGCAGGGGUCACCUCAGGCAAUGUGGGCUACCUUGCCCAUGCCAUUCACCAGGUCACCAAGUAAUUACCAGGGUGCAAAAGAACAGAGACCACCUUUCCUUCAGCCUUUGCUUUUGUAAGAGCCGGGUGCGGGGUGAGGGAGGGUGGGUGGUGGCAAGUAGAUCAUGUUUUCAACCACAAUGCAUAAGCAC